UUGUGUUGGAUGCGAUAAAACGGAUCAUCUAUAGGCGGUAGGUCUAUUGACGUCCAAGGUAUUUAACUCGCCCGAGUUGUGUAGAAAUCUCACACUGACACACGGCUACGAACGGUGCUGUUCUCCGGCGACUGUCCAUUUUGAACUCCUGUCGUCCUUAUCUGAAAACGCUCGAGUGUUUCCCUGGAGAAACGAAGAACAUUUAAGCUACAAUACAGAAAUUUAUCUGCAAGAUUAUUUCACAAGUACUGACUGAAGUAAAGCAUGAAUUCAAAUCAGUCCUCAGAAUYGCAACCAAGCAUCCCUCUUUCUUUGCCAAUCGGCCCUGGAGUUUACCCAACGUAUUCAGCCAAAGUACCUUGUAGCAUGUCCUUUUGGACAAGUGACGCUUGCCCAUUGAGUCUAAGUCGACCAUCACAAUCAAACGAAAGACCAUCAUUAACCUCAGAACAUCUAUACAGGCCAAGUACKUCCAGCGAUGGGAUAAAAGAACGUGGUAACACUCCUGUCAUUCCAGGGUUGAGAUCUUCGGCGUUCCACGCAACAUCACCGCACUUAUCAUACAGUCUCUUCCCUGUGAGUCAAAGUCACCAUCGYUAUCCAACAAGCAGUCUUGCUUUACUUCCGCGUGAUCUAUGUCCGACAUACCCUGCAAURCCACCUGUAUUCAGCAGUGGACUGCCUAUAAUGCCUAGAGCCUCCUUUGGUCCUCCGUUCUUGAAGACAUCAUCUCUCUCUAGUCGAAGGCUGUCUAGAUUGUCCCAAGAAUCCAUGCAAGAUGGACCAAAGAACUGCCAUAUUUGUGGUAAAACGUACGCUAGGUUGUCCACAUUAAGACUACAUUUGAGAACCCAUAGCGGCAUUAAACCAUACCAGUGCAUGGUAUGUCUCAAAUCGUUCACACAAGCUGCCAAUCUCACGGCCCACUUCCGCAUUCACUCAGGAGAAAAGCCGUUCAAAUGCCGAAUCUGCGAAAGGCAGUUUUCACAGUCUUCCUCAGUCACAACGCACAUGCGAACCCAUAAUGGAGAACGACCUUAUAAAUGCAAAGUAUGUUCAAAAGCUUUUGCWGAUAGUUCAACGCUAACCAAACACGUAAGAACUCAUACUGGAGAAAAGCCAUACCAGUGUGAAAUCUGCUUGCAAAGAUUCUCGCAGUCGGGGAAUAUGAACAGACAUAAAAGAAUCCACAAUGAUAUGUAAAUAGAUAUAUUUGAAGGUUAUAUAUACU